AUGGCGGGAAUUUCUAGAGUCAAACAACACUGUCCUAGACAAGCUAGGCCUAUUACUCCCGAUUUGCUAAAAGAGAUGCUUAAUUUUUUAGACCUUGAUAAUUGUACAGAUAUUGUGUAUUGGUGUUUAUUUUUAUUUGCCUUUUUUCUUAUGUCUCGUAAGUCUAAUUUAGUGCCAGAUUCUGUAGAUUCUUUUGAUUGUAAAAGACAACUUACUAGAGGUAAAGUUUUUAUGCAUGAAAGAGUAGCUAUUGUGGUAUUUGAAUGGACUAAAACUAUACAAUGUGGUGAACGAAUUUUAAAAAUACCGUUGGUCAAAAUAGAUGAUUCUAUUUUAUGUCCCGUUACUGCAUACAAUAGAAUGUGCCGCAUGAUUCCUGCUCCUGAAGAAUCUCCUGCUUUUGUUAUCAAGAGAAAUGCUAGUCUUAAAACAGUAACAUACAAACAGUUUCAAUAUAAGAUUAAGCGUAUAAUUUCAUUGACUGGGCGAGAUCCUCGCCUUUACUCCACACAUUCUUUUAGACGGGGAGGUGCGUCAUUUGCCUUUCAGGCUAGAGUUCCUAGUGAACUGAUACAGCUGCACGGUGACUGGGCAAGUGAUGCUUAUAAGCUAUAUUUGAAUUUUACUAUGCAGGAAAAAAUAUCUGUUGCAGAGUCAAUGGCCAAACUUUUAUAA